UACAAAUACGCGCGACCACUGUGAUUUCAAACUACUGCCCAUAUCUGGUUCCUCAAAUAAUAUGUCUCGUCUAGUUGGUAACGAGCGUUUAUAUCAUUGAUAGCAUUAAUUUAGUCAAUAGUUAAAAUAUGAAAGCAGCGUAUGUAGUAAAACCAGAUGGUACCUAUAACUUUAGACCAUCGUGACAUUAUCACUAUAAAACCCACGCAUUUGCUCCUGUGACAUGGUUUCGUUCACAACGAUAAAAGACAGAUGGUGCGUUUCCAUUGUAAUUAAACUUGUGGUCACUUAUAAUAAUGUGUCUGUUUAGAAGGCAAAUUUAGUAAAUCCUAAGGGAUCAAUCUCGAUAACUCAGCUUAAUUUCGGUGUAUUCCGUGUAUAUCGUGAUAAUGAGAACGCACAGCUUGUGAGAGUCAUGUAAUAAAUAUUUUUUAAGAAAGAUCAAGCAAACCAUAUUAACUUGACACAAGAUAUAAUAUCACGAAUAGCAACCAAAUUUAAAAACUAAUUAUAUAAGUUAACUAACAGGAUUAUGUUCAAGGUUUCGGUUGAUAAUGCGAACGCGGACGACAUACAGUGCUGCGCCGCGCCCGCCAAGCCGUUGACUCACGGUCUGCCACGCCAGGAAUGUAACACUUUUAGGACGAUGCCUUUUGACAUUACUGAUACUGACUGACCGUACCAAACACAGACCACACCCACUUUCAAAAUUUUUUUCUUAUAUAUUCUGACUUUUUUAGGACACUAUAUUUUACCUUAAUUUAAUCUCUUAUAAGACUUGUCCAUACAUUUGAACAGUCAUUUACAAUGUAACAUGUUUAAUAAGCUUCCUGAAAACUAUUUGAGACCUUAAUAUUUCUAAUAUUAAUAUGAAAAAUAACCACCGGCCCAAGGUAUGUAACCCUGAGGUAUCCCUUAUUUCGAUCCUGAAAAUGAACACAAAAGUCGAGACUUCGUAUAUGUACAUAAACGGAUUUUUGAAACAGAAUCUGUCACUUGCUCUGUAUACUUCAAAUGCCUCCGUUAAAGAAUUUAAAAGAAUCAAAUUUGUCGAAAGUCAUAUUAAAAACCUUUCUUAGAAAAUCAACUGUCCUUGUCAGACAACAAGUUUUAGAAAGAAAACUUAGAGAUUUUUUUACUAAGUAACGAAGGUUGUAGGUAAAUUGUUUAACUACAACCUUCGUAACUUACGUAAAAAAAUCCAAUAGAGGAGUACAAACCCUAAAGUUGGACAAUUUGAAUCAAUCAGGUGGUUAAAAUUCGUUCCGUAAUUUACAGUGUUCAUUGGAGCCGUAACAAAUUAACUUGCUAUUCUAAUUAAAACUAUUGCUCAGUGCACACCAAUCGAAAGUGAAUAUUAUUUUUAUCUCGGGAGCAAAUUGUCAUUACAAACAGCAAGAACUGUAAAAUACAUAAAGAAUUUAAGGUGUUCAUGAUGUGUCUGUUUGUUAAAAUUCGAUCAAUAAUUUUCAAGUACAAAAUUAUUAUAAAUAUGUAAUUAUUCAAUAAAAUUUGUGUACAGUAAAAUCACAACCUAAAUAUUAUUACAAAGAAGAAGUUAAUUGGUAACACUUAUCACUUUAUUAACUUAUUAACGAUGGGUGAUGUCCUUUAUGUAUGCCUCAUGCUAGCUGGCCGAAUAACUUGUGAUCUGUGAUAAAGGCACAUCGGGCAUCCAGACGACUUUUGUUUGCGAUUUUCAAACACCCGGUGGCAUCGUGUUGCGGAUUAGCGCGCAGGUCGUCUGAUAAUUUAGUGGGCAAAGCGCUGCAGUCGGCCGAACGCUCCACGCGCGUUCUGACGUACGCUUGUUCAGCGGGUCUGUUACAAAAUAAGUUAACAUUUCCGUAAAACUCAAUAAUUCACAAAUUGCAAAUCCCGCGUAGCCUUGUGAUUCUCGUGCAUCCAGUCGAGCAGGCUUCAUGCGUCAAUUUUGCAACACGGUUUCGCGCGCUGCUGGCCGCUCCGCUUGUUUUUAACGAAUAAUUUGCAGUGUCCAAAACUUAAAUACUAAGUUAAUCACGUCUUCAUUGUUUAUCGGCUUUUCUUUAGUAAUAUUUAUGGUUUUCUCUUACGUGAUGGUUUAAUCUAUGUACUGCAAAAUGUUGUCCAUGGAAUCAUUGUGGUCUGGAUCUGAAGUAGAGCUGUCUACUUUGAGGCUGUGUAAAACCGCUUCGGAAAGGUCCGAAUACCGCCAGUGUAGAAGGAAACCCUCGAAGAGCCUAAUACCACAAGGCUUACUUCACGCCCUGCCGGAGCCGCAACCCAAAUCUCAUAGGCGUCGCAGAUCUGGCACAUGGCCGAGAACCAGAUCCUUGAACGCGCCAUCACCUAUUCAACAGUUUGGACCAUGCGGCAGGAUAAUGAAGAACUCGGCGAUGGUUAUGCAAAUCCAAGACCCGGCGUCGCAACGGUUGACUUGGUACAAACCUCCCCUGACGGUGUUAGUCAUCAAGAAGGUGCACGACGCUACCAUUCUGGCGCCAUUCGUGCAGCUCGUUCACUGGCUGGUGCAAGACAAAAGUAUGGUGGUGUUUGUGGAAGCAGCGGUGCUGGAUGACGUCCUUCUGAAGGAAUACGAGAGUUUCGUAGUGGUGCGGGAGAGGUUGAUGACCUUCCGCGCCGGCACUGACGACCUCACAGACAAGAUCGACUUCAUCAUAUGUCUGGGCGGCGACGGCACGUUACUGCAUGCUAGUUCCCUCUUCCAGCAAUCAGUCCCUCCAGUAAUGGCAUUCCAUUUAGGCUCAUUAGGAUUUCUUACGCCGUUCGAGUUCAAUAACUUCCAGGAGCAAGUUAUGAAUGUUUUAGAAGGUCACGCAGCGUUAACGUUAAGGUCGCGAUUGCAAUGCGUGGUGUUGCGGAAGAGCAACGAUAUCGGCAAAGACAAGAAGAAGCCUACCACUAUAUUGGUGCUCAAUGAAGUGGUCGUGGACCGCGGCCCUUCACCCUACUUAUCGAAUAUAGACUUAUUCCUAGACGGAAAACAUAUUACCUCGGUGCAAGGCGAUGGUUUGAUCGUCUCGACGCCGACCGGCAGUACGGCAUACGCAGUAGCGGCGGGCGCUGGUAUGAUCCACCCUUCAGUCCCCGCCGUCAUGGUGACGCCCAUCUGUCCGCACUCGCUGUCCUUCCGCCCGAUCGUGGUCCCCGCCGGCGUGGAGCUCAAGAUUGCACUGUCCCCGGACGCCAGGAACGCUAUGUGGGUGUCGUUCGACGGCAGGAACCGGCAAGCGCUCCAACACGGCGAUAGUUUAUACGUGACCACGUCAGUAUACCCGGUUCCGUCGAUCUGCGCGCAGGACCAAAUCUCCGACUGGUUCGAUUCCCUGGCUGAAUGCUUGCACUGGAACGUGCGUAAAAAGCAGAAACAGAUGGAUGAGCUCAGCGACCACACGCACUCUUCCAUCGACAAUCUAGAAGAACUGGAGGCAAACCACCAUGACGAUAGACCUGCGGAUACGUGACGUAACGGACUUCUAACAGAAACGUAGUGUAAGCGGCCGUUCGAAAUGUUGACGUCAAAUCCAAUAUGGCAGAUUAGGGUGUACGCGAAUUUUUCCCAAUUUUUGUAAGCAGUUUACGGUCAACGUUUUUUAUUAUACAGAUUAAUGUGAUCGAGAUGUUCACUGUGUAUCGGGGCCUUGUUGUAAGAUAGUUGUAUCUAAGUGGUUUUAGGCAAUAUCAAAUUGAAUUAUAAUAAUGCAGCUAACUGUGUAACUUAAUAACGACUGGAAAUUAGUUUAGUUUCGAUUUAUGAAAAAAUUGUUACCUUGUCACAAUAUGAAGAGUGGAUCCCGCAUCAAUACCUAUUUCAUUUUGUAUCAUCCUAUUAUUUCAUCGUAACUACAUUCCCGAUGAGUGAUAACAACGCAGAAAUCAUGAAAUGAUAUUAAUAAAAUAAUAUAAAUCGACUGCCAUUGUUAAAGAAAAUAUACCCCAUUACGACAAUACGUAUUUGAUCAAAAUGAAAGAAAGUGAAACUAUUUAAUCACAUUUAUAUACUACCCGUUUGCUUCGAGUUGGCCUUCGAUGACCGUUACAAAAUGAGGCUCAGCCAAUCACCAUCUGGUACCGUCAACCAAUAGGAUCGACUAAUAGGGUCUGUCUAGGAGCGUGGUGCGGGGAGGGUGGGAGCGGCCAACUAGAUCUAAGUGAACAUUAACUGUCAAAUUUUCUUAUAGAUUG